AUGAACAAAUUCAAAGGAGAAGAACAAUCAAACAAUAAUGUUUUAGUUCGUCAAGUUUGGGCUUACAACCUAGAGAGUGAGUUUCUUCUCAUUCGUGGAAUUCUACACAAGUUUCCUUUCAUUUCCAUGGAUACAGAGUUUCCCGGAGUUAUAUAUAAAUCUCAUGAAGACUCCACCGUACCUUACCACCUUCGCCGCCGAGAUCCUUCAAACGACUACAAGUAUUUAAAGGCCAAUGUUGACGAUCUUAAACUCAUUCAACUUGGUCUUACUUUAUCUGAUUGGAAAGGUAAUCUCCCUAAGUUUGGAACCAAAAACAGCUAUAUUUGGGAAUUCAAUUUUUCCGAUUUUGACAUUGAAAAUGACCCACACAAUCAAGAUUCAACUGAUAUGUUACGUCUUCGGGGAAUUGACUUCAAGCAUAAUUUAUAUCAUGGGGUGAAUUCACUACGUUUCUCUGAAUUGAUGAUGAGAUCAGGGCUUGUCUUCAACAAUUUGGUUUUUUGGGUCACAUUUCAUGGUGCAUAUGAUUUCGGCUAUUUAAUGAAGAUUUUGAUGCGAAGAAAUUUACCAAACACUUUGGAUCGUUUUUUAUUUCACUUGAAAGGAAUCUUUAGAAAUGUGUAUGACGUGAAACAUAUGGUACAUCAUUGCAAAGAUUUGUAUGGCGGUCUCGAUCAAAUAGCUAAUACACUCGAUGUGAACCGGGUCGUUGGAAAAUCGCAUCAAGCCGGAUCAGAUAGCUUGUUGACAAUGCACACGUUCGUGAAAAUUAUUGAUAUUUAUUAUAUCAAUAAAAAGAUAAAAAUAAACAAACAUGUUGGAGUCUUAUUUGGUUUAGAAAUGUAA